CUGAGGCUGAGGGAGGCUGUGGAUGGAGCUCACCCUUCUGCCUCUGCUGGUUUGUAGCCGCUCAACAUGCUACUUUCCCUAGAAAAGAUCAAAGCGCUCUUCUCUCAGACUGGGAAGCAGAAAGCAGGACUCUCACAGUGACAGUGACGUUGCCCUGAAGGAGGUGGACCUCAGCUGACAAGGUGUAUAGAGAAGACCUACUUCUCUGUCUCAGAAGGACCUAGGGGGACCAUGUCCCUCAUCCCAUGGCUCCGGUGGAAUGACGCUCCACCCAGGUUGUCAGCCCGGAGCCCCGCCGAGAUGGUGCUGGAGACGCUCAUGAUGGAACUGGCGGGGCAGCUGAGAGAAGUGGAGAGGCAACAGAGGGAGCGUCGCAGCGCUGUCAGGAAGAUCUGCACUGGUGUGGACUACAGCUGGCUGGCCAGCACGCCCAGGCCCACCUAUGACCUCAGCCCCGGAGAGCGGCUGCAGCUGGAGGAUGUAUGUGCCAAGAUCCACCCAUCCUACUGUGGGCCUGCCAUCCUCAGGUUCCGACAGCUGCUGGCCGAACGAGAGCCAGAGGUGCAGGAGGUGGCACGGCUCUUCCGCUCCGUGCUGCAAGAGGCCCUGGAGAAGACGAAGCAGGAGGAGGAAUCCCAUAGACUGACGCGUCAGUGGAGCCUGAGGCCCCGAGGCAGCCUGUCCUCCUUCAAGACCCGCGCACGCAUUGCGCCCUUCGCCAGUGACAUCCGGACCAUCUCGGAGGACGUGGAGCGCGAUGCGCCACCCCCGCCGCGCACCUGGAGCAUGCCAGAGUUCAGGGCGCCCCAGGCCGACUGACCGCCCUGGGCGUGACCUGCAGGAGGGAAUGACAGGCCGGUGACCAGGUCCCGGUGCUGGAGCCUCCCCACCUACCAAGUAGCUCUGCUAGACCACCGAGCCACCUACCCCAGAAAGCACACCUGCUUGGCUGCAGGGUGAAGUCAGGACUUGAGCCUAGUUCCUCCUCAACAAGGUCUCCACUUCCCAGCCUGCUGUAGACUAAAGGCCUGGUGUUGGAGCGGGUUCCUCCCUACCUCCUACCACUGUCUGGAAUAAGGAAGUGUCUGCCUUUUGGGCAAGGCCUGCAUUCUCACCCCAACUUCCGGAAUGUCCCACUCACCCUAUCCAUUCAGGGCACCUUUGCUGGUGACCAGAUGACACUCACUGCGAGGGAGCCGUAUCCUCGGGGCCCACCACAGCUGGUCUGGACAUCAGAGACUGUUCAACCCACUGUCCUGCUAGUGAGUGAAAAAUGAGUCUCGCACGGGUCUCCCUGCUUUUGCCUUAACCCUGAUCCCUCCAGUGUGAGACUGUCCCUGCCUCUGAGUCCUUGAAUACUGGGUUAUGAUGAGACAGGACCAAUGAGUGCAUCUCCACGCGCUGUGGUCUUUCCUGUUCCUUACUAUCGAGUGGGUCAGGGUGGGGCCAAGGCUAGGGGUGGGUAGACAGGAUGACUGCAACUCCCACCCCACAGUGUCAUCAUGUGGAGUGUGGCCAGUCCAGAGUCAGGGCUCAGAACCCUCCAGACCUGCUGCCUGAGCCGAGGCCUCUGAUCCUGUCCACACCUGCUCCCCAGCUUUCCCCUCCACUGCC